CUGAUCUCCGGGGUAAAUCAUUCACAUUUUUGUCGCAGCAUCCACAUUUUGUUGCACCUGGAACGACAACAACAAACAAAACAAAAAAAAAACUACAAAAUAAAGUGACACCAAAAAAAUCGGGAGAGAGAGCAUAAUUUCCCGUCAAUACAGUCACGUGACGACGCCGGAGUCACAUGACGUUCGUUCGGACGCAGCAACAAACCCGAAAUCUCGGCGACCCGUGUUUCUCUUCUGUCUCUGGUCGGCAGAACUCCACUCCUGGCACCCGCAGGUACUGCUACACGGACAAUAAACCAGGUCAUAAAAGCAGCCUGGGUCAACAGAGUCGCUGCUUAUGGAGGCAGAGGGGAUGGAAGAUGAAGGACCUUCGACCCAGAGUGAAUUUCCACGGAGUGAAGAUCUCCAGUUGGCACCGCAGGAAUCCUUCCACCUGGAGAGCUCAGCCCCUCUAGAGAAUGUGUUCGUGGAUAAGAAUGCCGUGCAAAAACUCACAGAGGGAUUACUCUCUCACUACCUACCGGAUGUACAGACCUCUAAACGAGCGCUUCAAGAGCUCACACAAAAUCAGCUGAUAUUGUUAGAGACACUGGACCAAGAAGUCACCAAGUUCAGAGAAUGUAAUGCCUUACUCGACCUCAAUUCACUGUUUACAGAGGCGAAGGUUUACCACAGUAAACUGGUGAACAUAAGGAAAGAGAUGAUAAUGCUCCACGAAAAGACAACUAAACUAAAGAAAAGAGCUCUGAAGCUGCAGCAACAGAAGCAGAAGGAGGUGCUGGAGAAGGAGCAGCAACGUGAGAAGGAGCUGGAGAGAGAGAGGCAGCUUAUUGCCAAACCUGCUAAAAGAACGUAGGAUCCCCUAUUACUGUAUGCUGCCGUAUUAAAGGACCAUACAGGUGG